AUGUCGUGCAGCCGCUCCACUGCGCAGCCCCUACUGCGUCUGGCGCGCGCGCAGGUUGCUCCAUCGCGCUCCAUUGCCACUUCCGCCUCGGCAAGCGCCCUGUUCGUUGCUCCCAACACCGCCAGGAGGAAAGGAAAUGCAGCUCAAGGUCUCCCUCGUCUUACCACCACGCCCGCCAAGCCAACACAGAGUUUGACACAGCUCAUUCAGACGCUCGCACUUCUCAAAGCCGAGGGCAAGAAGCCGACCGCCGUUGCGUACAAUGCGCUCAUGCGCGCGGCCGCCGACUAUGCCAACCGCCGCGGCAACAACCUCGAAGCGGGCGACAAGAGCAAGACUAUUGGCUUUGAGAUUGCGAUGGCCGCAUACCGUGACGCCGAGGCGGGCGGUAUCGACCUCGGCACUGAGGCCGUUGACAACCUCUUCCGCUUUUCUCACCUUCACCCUGACGUUACUCCUUCGCUCCUCCUCGACCUGAUGGAGAGGAAGCAGUCGACCCCUACGGCGUACAACACGCUGGCAGGUGAAGCCGUCAGGCGGGGCCACGUUGACGGCUCUGUCCACAUCGUCCUUGAGAUGAUGGAGCAGGGUAUUGCCCCCGAAAGGGCUGUCCUGCAGAACACUGUCCGCAUGGCGUGCCAAUGGGGCAUGUCCCGUCUCGCCUGGCAGCUUGUGCAGCGCUUUGAGCAGAUGCCGGGGGCAUCCAGGGUGGACGUGGCGACUUGGGUGAUGAUCCUCCAGGCCAGUGCCGACCAGCACUUUGUCACUGGUGUCGAAGCGGCUUGGGAGCGUGUUGUCAUCAACAAAUCGUUUACCCCCGACGAGGGUCUUGUCCUGAACAUUCUUAGCGUCGCUGGUCGCUGGGGUCGCACACACCUCGCCACCCAGGCGCUUGAGAUCCUCCCCGAGAUUGGUGUCGAGGCGCGCGAGCACCACCUCACUCCUCUUAUCCAGGCGUUCUGUCGCGAGGGCCGUGUCCCUGACGCCAUGAAGACUGUUGGCCAGAUGCGUGCUGCCGGCAUUAUUCCGUCCAUGUCGACUGUCGAGCCCAUUGUCAAUGUGCUCAAGACCGCCGAGCUGGUGGACCAGGCCUUCUACGCCCUCGAGGACAUCCACAAGGCUGGCGAGGCUGUCGAUGUUGUCGCGUUCAACGCCGUCAUCACCGCCUCGGCCAGGCAGGGAGACCUGCAGCGUGCCCGCGCCACCCAGAUGGCCGCCGGCGAGCUGGGCGUCACCGCCAACGUUGACACUUUCAACACCAUCCUCAACGUCUGUGUGCGCACCCGCCACCGCGAGCUGGGCGACACGAUCCUCUCCGACAUGUCCGCUGCCGAGGUGCCACCCAACGCCCAGACGUUCGAGACCCUCAUCCGCCUCUGCCUCACCCAGCGCACUUACGAGGACGCCUUCUACUACCUGGAGAAGAUGAAGAGCGAGCGCUUCAAGCCCUCGGCCGACAUCUACUCUGCUGUCGGUGCCAAGUGUGCCUCCAACGAGGACGCCCGCUGGCGUCUUGUCGGCGAGGAGAUGACAUCCCUCAACUACAAGGUUCCCGAUUUUACAAAGUAUAAGGACCGCUCUAGCAGGCCGCAGCACCGCGGUCAGGGCAAUGACCGCAGGCGCAACGACGGUGGCCGAGACCGCCCCAGCCGUGACGCUGGUGGCGAGAAGGUUGCCGAGUAG